UUUGCGACUUCCGAGUCCUCCAGCCAUGGGACCCAAUUCAAACCAUGCUUAUUGAUCACCUCUUCUUCAAAAAGCAUAAACAGAGAAGAUAAUUAAACAACCAUUUUCAACAUCAUUCUGAUAUUUGUGAUCCAACAUGAUCCGGAGCUUCAUCUUCUUCUUCCUUCUUCUUCCCAUAUUUUCUUCCUCAUUUGUCAGCAGCACUUCUUCAGACAACUUUUCCACUGAAUCCUUGGAUGCUUCUCUUCAAGCAUUUGCCUUCAAAACUCUGGUCCGGCACCGGCCUCACACGGGUGCUCUGUACAAAGCCAUCCUUCCGGCCAAUCUUUCAAGCAUCGACGUUUCAAUCGUCCGCCUCAGAAGCCGCAGAUUGUGGAACAGGGGAGCUAAUUUCAGCUUCUUUCACAUCCCAUCAAGAACAAUGCCUGUGCCGCACGUUAGAAGGCUCGCUAUAGUUUAUCAGAACUUGGGAAACUUGUCUUCCCAGUUCUAUCGCCUGAAGGGUUACUCUCUGAUAACUCCGGUCGUCGGCUUCCUGGUUUUCGAUGCAUCAAAUGUUCGUUCCAAAAGCAUCAGAAAGCUGAGUCUUAACACAAUGGGUAAGCCUAUUUCGAUUCAUUUCCCCAGUUUCGCUCUCUCCGAGACAAGAUGCGUGGCGUUUAACGGUAACGGGACAGUUAAUCUCAGCGAAAUGGGCGUGCAGGCGGCCGGCGUAUGUUAUUGUAGAGAUGAAGGGCAUUUUUCGGUUGUUGUUCCGGUGAAGAGGAAGCUGGUGGGGCUGUGGUAUCUGUGGGUGGGUGGAUUUGUGGUUGGGAUUUCUGGGUUGGCUGUGGCGGGUUAUGCCGCCAUGGUGGGUGUGAGGGUUUUGAAGACGAAGAAGAUUCAGGUGAUGGAAAGACAGGCCGAUGAAGAUUUGAUUCUUGAGAGUAGAUGGGUGGGUUGUAGUAAGAUGCCUUCUGCUGCUGUAACAAGAACUCAGCCUGUCCUUGAGAAUGGAGGCGUUCAAUAGUUCUUUCAUUAUUAUUUUCU